UGCUUUGAUGCCCUAAGAGCAUAAUAAGCAUCAUGAAAGUAGUAACUUUAUCAAGAAAUAUGGACUUCCCAUGCUGUAUGGUUUGCUCACGACAGGAAGGGAGGAGGCAUGCAAGCUCCUGAUAGAGCGAAAUGUGCUCGUCGACUGCAUGUGGAGGCUUGGAGACUUUAUGCGAGAACCGAUCCUCAGAGCGGCCAUACAAGCUGGGCAAUUACCUCUGUCUUGGGAGGCUCUCGAGCAUGCCAAUAUUUGGCCCCCUGUCGGGGAGGACGGCAGGUCGAAGACGCUCGAGAUACUGGGUCUCGCGGCGUACUGCGGCUCCGUCGACAUCUUUAAGCAAAUCCUCAGUCAUUGUGCGGUGUCUUCGGACCCCGAAGAUCCUGCAUAUAACAUUGUCCUCAUGUCGGCAGUCCAGGGCAGGCACCCAGAGACAGUCCAGCUAUUUCUUGAGGCCGGAUUUGAUGUCAACGGUCUCUAUCCCCGAACACAUGAAAAGUCAGCGACCUUGCGAUUUCUCGCGGUUCAAAAUCCUCAGUCUGGGGACGUACCUUUGAUGGAAGAAUCCGUCACACUCGCCCGGCUCUUGCUGAGACACGGGGCCAAUGGAGGGCACCGGUCGAGCGCAUUGCAACGGGCGCUCGUAGAUCACCCAGCCAAUACGAAGUAUUUGGGACUACUAUUGACCAAGGUGUCAAUCCACGAUCCUCGACUACAAGAUCUGACGCAUUGACUUGGGGCACGAGCCCAGGUCUGGCUUGAGACUCGGCCGACCCCUAAAUCGCGAGACGAACGUCAGCGCUGGCGCACACUCUGGACAGGCUCCGAGGAUGCUGGAGAGAGCGUGAAGCAGUCCGACAGUGCCCCCCAGCCUCUUCAGCCAAUCUCUCAAAGUCACCAAUGGUGGGCAAGUUUUUAUUUCUGUCAAGAAGAUGCCGAGUUACUAUUGGC